AUAUUGCUGUCUCAUUUCGGAGGCUGCGUCCUGGUCGCAUUUGAAGGCUGCAUACGUCAUCGGGGAAGUCUCAUUUGAGAAAAGUGGACAAUGUCGACAAUUAAAACCAAUUUACCACAGAUAUUUUUAUGUAAAAUGUAUCGGCAAUAACGAGGUUUGACCAUUGGGGCGCUGUACGUAGCGUAAAACUGUAUUGCAAGUCUUUCCGGAUACAAUAGAUGAAGAAACCUCGCUUAUUUAGACUGCUCGAGGAGGAGAGUGUGAAAGUUUGCACGGAGACGAAAAUGCCAGGAGUUCAGGUGCUUAAUCACAAUGAUUGUCAAAGCACAAUUUCGGAAUAGGAAGAAAUUCAUAAAAAUCUCAGAGGCGUGCUUUGAUUUAUUUCUAGCAGAGGUGAAAGAGAAGUUCUCAAUUCCAGACGAGCUUGCUGUUACAGUUACAGAUGAAACUGGUACAGAGGUGGAUAAAGAUGUGUUUCCUGAUCUAAUGUCCACCAGUGGGUUGGUUUUAGUCAUAAAUGAGUUGACUGACAUGGGAUCUUCCACACCUCAGUCUUCAGUAAGCUUGGAUACAGAUACACUGUCUCUUAUUUAAAAAAGCAGUGAAGAGAGUGACUGGUUUAGUCCAAAACGAUUCAGAAAGGAUGAAGAUGAUGAUGUGGCAUCACAACGAGCACAGGCCAGAGAUCUGAUAUAACAAAUUCUACAGACAAGACCAGGUGGAGGAAAUGUGCUUAAGGAGUAUGAAGAUACAGGCACAAUUAGUGAUGACACAAGGAAAGUGAUGGUGAACAUCUUAGUUGCACACAUGAUGGAGACAGAAGGAAGGGUCCCACAUCGACUUACCAAACAGAAGUAUGGAUUGGGAAUUAUCACCUUAUUUCCCUCACUCAGAGAUCCCCAAGGAAGGACUGGAUAUGAACAUUUCUAUGAUGGCCAAAAAAACACUGGAUUCUUGUCAUGGCGCCUCAAGACAGUACAAAGGGGAACAAGACCUUCUGGAAAUAAGGAAGAUCCAAAAACGGAAGAAAAGGGAGGUCCUUUGCUUGACAGACAGCUAUGUUACCAAGAACAUCAGCUAGAUAAUGAUCAAAGUGUAGAGGCCAUCUCUUUGAUGAAUCAUACUAGUGAACGUGAGGUCAUCAUGCAGAAGAUGAAGGCAACGUUUGAAUACAGACAGCGCCUUGUCCAUGAUCCAGAGGGAUCCACCACCAUUCUCUCUGUUUUUCCUCGGUUCCUGGACACUAAAGGAUUGAUUUUUCAGGACUUCACACUCCUCUUUGGGUCAGAAACUGCUUCCAGACUUUUGGAAAGGUGGCCGACAGGUUUCAAAGCAAAGGUUAUCAGACUAGGAGAAACCUUGACUCCCACUCCACUGCUGAAACGAUUACUGUCAUCUGCCAAACAGAGCAAAGAAAGCAGCGAGGCACAGGAUUCCCCAGAGUGGGACAGUGAUAUAUCAUCCUUCCUUCUACUUUUGCAUCUCCUAUCACCCCAGGCUUCAGGAAGAAAGAAAAUCCAAAGGAUCAGUAUUUCACAGGCUAUUGACCAUCUGGUGGUGUUUCACAAAGCAUGCAGGAGCAUACAGGAACACCUUGAGCUGGAAGAGAAUCGUCAGCCAUACAUUCUUGCCUCGGGGAGCAGCAAGGAAGCCAUCAGUCACUACUUCAUUGUGGUGGAUAAAAAGCUCAUCCCCUGUCAAGAAUCCUCUUCACUGGCUGCCAUUGAUGAACUCUUCAAGGUUCAUUUUGUUUUUAGUCUCAGUUAUGAUAGCCAUUGCCUAUCACUGGGAGUCAUGUACUUUUAGGGGUAUUGAGUCUGGCCCUGUUUCAAAUGAGCUGUUGUCUGACCUUGAAAACUCUGAUUUUAUUUCAGAGCAACUCCAGAUUGAUAUCUCUAGCGAGGUAAUGGUCACACCGUGGGUAAAGUGUCAAGGUACUGAGUAUCGCAGUGAUCUUGUUGUUUUCUUAGAGUUUGUUGAUGAUGCACCUGUUUUUGGAAAGAUUGUUAAAAUUUUUAUUAAGGAUGGAAUUUAUUUUUUGGUAUCGUGUAUGGAAUCAGAGUUUAUUGAACACCUUCAUGCUUUCAGUGUUGUUGAACAUGAGCAUUGUCUUGUACUCAAAAAACCUGAGGAAUUGAUGUACUACAAGCCAUUUGAUUUACAAAUGUCCUAUGGCAAUGACCAUCUUUUUUACAUUGUCAUGGACUGUUAUUUGUAUUAAUUUCAUGGCAUUUAUGGUUUCUUGCUCUGUGCUGAAAUAAAGUUUUGAAACCUUGACAGUGACGUUUUCUUCAUAGUGAUUUUCUAGUUUAUUUUAGUUUUUAGGUUUUUUUUUUAGUAGGUAAUACAGAACCAUAAAUAACUCCCGAAAAAGUGUUCUAUCAACACCAGGAUGGUGUAAAUUUUGACCCUUUUAUACACCGAGUAUAUUGUGAUUUUCACAAUGUCAACACCGGAAUAGUGUAGAAUUUUUACUCUGUCAGUGUUUGCUACAAAGCUACACCCAGCUCUGUAACAGUGU